AUGGCUCUUGUGUCCGGUCCAGGCAGGGGGGGUGUGCCUGCUGGUCGUGAUCCCGCUCAGGAACCAUAUCUUGUUACUGAGAAACAUGUCAACUAUAUCAAGAGCUUAGAUACCAGAAAAGACGAACUGGAGUACUGGCUCACAGAACAUCUACGACUAAAUGGCGUCUACUGGGGCCUGAUAGCUCUCCACCUGCUGGGUCAUCCGGACGCUCUUCCUCGUGAGGAUAUAAUCAAAUAUGUGAUGUCCUGUCAAUCCGAGAAUGGUGGCUUCGGUGCUGCACCAAGGCAUGACGCGCAUAUGCUGUCUACGGUAAGUGCUGUCCAGAUUUUGGCCACUGUUGAUGCUUUGGAUGAACUGGAUGAACUGGAAAGUGAAGGCCAUGGAGGUAGAAUUAAGAUUGGAAAAUAUAUUGCCGGGUUACAAAACCGGGAAACCGGGACCUUUGCUGGUGAUGAGUGGGGGGAGACAGACACUCGAUUCCUCUACGGCGCUUUCAACGCAUUAUCACUUCUGAAUCUCAUGUACCUGAUUGACGUUCACAAAGCGGUGGCGCAUGUCCAAGCUUGCCGCAAUUUCGAUGGUGGCUACGGAGUAGAUCCUGAAGCAGAGUCUCAUGCUGGCCAGGCAUUCACCUGCGUUGGUGCAUUGGCGAUAGCUGGUCAUCUAGAUCUUGUUGACCGAGAUCGAUUGGGGGCUUGGCUCAGUGAAAGACAACUAGAGAAUGGCGGGUUAAACGGAAGGCCAGAAAAACUGGAAGAUGUCUGUUAUAGUUGGUGGGUGUUGAGCAGUCUGGCCAUGAUCGAUCGGCUCCAUUGGAUUGAUGGCAAGAAGCUGAGUGCUUUUAUUCUUCGAUGUCAAGACUAUGAAGGAGGAGGCAUCUCAGACAGGCCCGGUGACAUGGUUGAUGUCUUCCACACCGUUUUUGGGUUGGCCGGUCUGAGUCUUCUGGGUUUCCCAGGACUGGUAGCAGUCGAUCCAGUCUACUGCAUGCCGAAGCAUGUCAUCCAAAGAUGCAUCCAGAAGUCAAGAUAG